CUACAAGAAAUGUGGUGAUCUAUGACGAAAAUUCUAUGCCAUUUUAAUAGAGCGUCACAGUUGCACACAAUCUAUGACGAAUUUGAAGGGUUGUGGUUUCAGGAUGCCAGAUCGGCAACAGUCAGAGGAGCUGGAGGAGCAGGUGGACCUGGAGGGGGACGACGACGAUGGUACUGCCGCCGCGGCCAGGACGACGACGGGAUGGCGGCCGACCCGGCCGUGGGAGGCAGCAAUGGAGACGAGGUGGACAAGGGGGCCAAUGGGGACUGGCCCAAGGACGAGGAGGAGAAGAGGAAGUGGGAGGAUCUACUCGCGUCGCCGCCUCACGGAUCCGAGGUCUCCAUUGACGGCCUGCCCAGGGACAUCACCGAGGAGGCCCUCCGCGAGCUGCGCGACCCAUUGGGUGAAAUCUAUGAGGUCCGUGGAUUCUUUCUCGCCUGGUAUUUCUGCAUUGCUUCUCAGCUCGUGACUUGGAAUCUGAUGCUCGUAGCUCUUUGUGAUGAACGAAUGAAUGACAAGUGAGGCUCACCAAGGAUAAGGACACCAAUGAGAACAAGGGAUUCACCUUUGUAGCGUUACUCUGGCGCUGCCAUUUCGGUGAGCCACAGGUAGACUGCUCCUUCCUCCCCAAUUUGUCAGCGACCACCCCUUGGCUGUUACUCGGGUUUCCCCUUGGUCUCUUCGUCUCAGCCUCCAGGGAUGCGUAGCUGUGGUGGAAUUUGCGGGGAUUAGAGAGGGAUUUCAUGAGCAAGAGGUUGGGAUUUUUUUGCGAGCAGGAGAUAAAUUGGGGGAGUGGGGUGUAUUUCGUUAGCAAGAGGAUGGGAGCUAUUGUGAGGUGCACUGCAACAUUAUUUCGUUAUAUGUGGUUCAUUGUAUUUCCUACCUGACAGCUUUCAU